UCCUCCUCCUCCUCCGCCCUCCCCCCGGACCUCUUCGACAAAACAACCCUCAUCUCCCUCGCAUCGACCCUCGCCAUCGUCCUCAUCGCCUACCUCGCCUCCCGCAUCGCCCUCCCGCGCUCCUCCACCACCACCACCACCACCAUCCGCUUCCUCUUCAUCUGGCACCUCGCCGACGCGCUCUGCCACUUCCUCCUCGAAGGCAGCUUCCUCUACCACUGCUUCUUCUCGUCCAUCCCCGUCGCCGAGGCCCGCCGCCGCGGCAUCCUCGCCGACCUCGUGCCCACGCCGUAUAACUUCCUCGGCCGCGAGGACGGCGCCAUCUACGGCCCGCAGAGCGGCGGGGACAAUCCCUUUGCGCAGCUCUGGAUGGUCUAUGCGAGGGCCGAUCGACGAUGGGCUGGGGCUGAUUUGGGCGUCAUCAGUCUGGAGCUUCUAACAGUCUUCUUCGACGGCCCCCUCGCAGUAUACAUCUGCUACCUCCUCGCAAAGGGAAACCCCAAGGCCAGCAUCUGGAUGAUUGUCCUCGCCACAUGCGAACUCUACGGAGGCUUCAUGACCUUUUGCCCCGAGUGGCUCACCGGCAACAUCAACCUCGACGGCAGCAACUUCAUGUACCUCUGGGUGUACCUCGUCUUCUUCAACAUGCUGUGGGUGUUUAUCCCGCUGUUUGCCAUUGCCUACUCCAUCGGCGACAUUUCGAAUGCGUUUGCUGUGCGCGAG